AUGGCUGAAGUGAACUGGUAUACACGCAUCAAUGUAGGGGGAGGAGGUGGGGGUGCCGCUCAGCACUAUCCCAAGACUGUCUGCAACAGCGAGUUCCUGGGGAAAACCCCAGGUCCUGGCGUUCAGAGAUGGAUUCCUUCACGAAGCACUAGACGAGAUGCCAAUUCCUCCAGUGAGAAAGGGCAAGAUGAUGCAAUCUUCAGGAAAGUAAGAGGCAUACUUAAUAAGUUGACCCCUGAAAAGUUUGACAAACUGUGCCUGGAGCUCCUCAAUGUGGGCUUGGAUUCAAAACCUGUCCUAAAAGGAGUUGUCUUGUUGAUUGUUGACAAGGCCCUUGAAGAGCCCAAGUACAGCCAGCUUUAUGCACAACUAUGUCUUCGUCUGGCAGAGGAUGCACCCAACUUUGAGGGCCCAUCAACAGAAAGUCAAGGAAAUCAAAAGCUUAAUACUACCUUUAGAAGGCUUCUGAUCUCUAAACUCCAAGAUGAAUUUGAAAAUCGUGCCAGGAAUGUUGAUGUUUUUGACAAACAUGACGACCCACUCACCUCUGAGGAGGAGGAGCAGCGUGCUAUUGCAAAGAUCAAGAUGCUGGGUAACAUCAAAUUCAUCGGAGAACUUGGCAAACUCAAUCUUAUCCACGAAUCCAUUCUUCACAAGUGCAUCAAAACACUUUUGGAGAAGAAGAAGAGAGUCCAACUUAAGGAUAUGGGUGAAGAUUUGGAAUGCCUCUGUCAAAUAAUGAAAACCGUGGGACCCAAAAUUGAUCAUGAAAAGGCCAAGUCCCUGAUUGAUCAGUACUUUGGACGCAUGCAAUCCUUAAUGAACAACAAUGAAUUGCCGUCGAGGAUUCGCUUCCUGUUGCAGAACAUGGUGGAGCUGCGAGACAAUAACUGGAUUCCUCGCAAAGCUUAUGUUGACAACGGGCCAAAGACCAUCAACCAAGUUCGCCAGGAUGCAGUAAAGGAUUUGGGUGUGUUCAUUCCACUCUCCGCUGAUGUGAUGAGGAAUGACUUCUUCCCAGACCACAACGUCUUCCUUCAAACAAGGAGAUCUGAGAGGGAACCUCUUGGUGGGCUGGCUGACAUGUUUGGACAACUACCAGGGAUUGGCAUUGGAACUGGUCCAGGAGUAAUUCAAGACCAUUACUCCCCCACCAUAUGUCGUCAUCGUGCGAGUCCAUUAUUCAAUGGCCAUAUGGGAAACGGCAAUGCUUCACACCAGACUCAGUUUGAACCGGGAAUCAAACCAUUCAUAAAGCCAAACCAGGGGCAGAAUUCACCGGUUUUCAGCCAUAAACCAAAUCACUCGGCACAGGUACAGUCAAAGGAUGUGGCUCCAAGGUUCAGCAAGAAAGGAAAGCUCAAUGCUGAUGAGAUCAGUCUGAGGCCCGCUCAGUCCUUCAUCGUGAAUAAAAACCAAUUCGCAAAGCUGCAGCCCCAGAUGACUCUGAUGCCUCAGGCAGGUUCUCCAAUAGGACAGCUUGGCCUCAAAAAUAACCCUCCUCCAAUCCAGGAAAAGCCAGCGAAGUCCAACAAAAAGGCUCCACCGACUAAAGAAGAGUUGCACAAAAUGAUUGAUACACUGAUGACUGACUAUCUGAAUGGCAAAAACAUCGACGAAGCUGUCCGCGCUGCAAAGGAGGCGAAGGCUCCCAAGUACUUUUUAUCUGAGAUGCUGAACAAGAUGAUUUUGUUCUCACUCGAGCGGUCCGAUGAAGAUAGGGAAAAUGCAAGCAAACUGAUCCAUGCUCUCUCUACAGAGGGCCUCAUCAGCCGUGAAAGCCUGCUGCCUGCCUUCCUGCGUAUUCUGGACCAGUGCCCCAAGAUUGAGGAAGAAAUCCCUCUGGUGAAAUCUUACCUGGCACAGUUUGCUGCUCGAGCUAUACUUGCCGAGCUGGUCGGCAUUGACGACUUGGCUCAUCAGCUAGAGAAUGGCGCACAUUUCCCUCUUUUCCUGCUCUGCCUGCAGCAGAUGGUCAAACUGAAGGACCGCGACUGGCUUGCUGACCUGUUCCAGCAGAGCAAGCUCAACAUGCAGAAGAUGCUCCCUGAAAUUGAUCAGAACAAGGACAGGAUGCUGGAGAUUCUGGAGGGCAAGGGUCUCAGCUUCUUGUUCCCACUGAUGAAACUGGAGAAGGAGCUGCUGAAGCAGAUCAAAGUGGAUCCUUCACCACAGUCCAUCUAUAAGUGGAUCAAGGACAACAUCUCACCCAAACUGCACACUGAUAAGGGCUUUGUCAACAUCCUUGUGACUAGCCUUCUGCAGUACGUUGCUUAUGAGAUCAACCCAGACGACGACGAGGAGCAGCUUGCAGCACCUAGCAAGGAGCAGCUGGAUGAGGAGAAGCAACUGCUGCUGUCAUUCAAGCCAGUCCUGCAGAAGUUCCUCCAUGAUCACAUCAACCUGCAAGUCAGUGCACUGUAUGCCCUGCAGGUCCACUGUAACACCAAGAGUUUCCCUAAAGGCAUGUUGCUGCGCUACUUUGUGAACCUUUAUGACAUGGAAAUAGUUGAAGAAGAAGCCUUCCUCUCAUGGAAAGAAGAUGUCACAGAGGAGUAUCCUGGAAAGGGGAAAGCAUUAUUUCAGGUGAACCAAUGGCUGACCUGGCUGGAGACGGCUGAAGAGGAAGAGUCAGAGGAUGAAGAUUACUGAGAAAAAAAAGGCCAAAGCCAUGUGUUAUCACAAUGCAAUGAGUUCUGUAUUUUUUUUUUUCUUCUGGUCCUUUCGCUUUCCUCUAGUUGCAGUUGUUACAACUCGAUUCACAAAACGUUUUGCCAAACCGAACUGGCUUCAUCUCCUUACUGUAUGUACAACAGAGUUUUUGUCGUAUUUGCUGGCCUGCAGCAAUUUUUUGUGCAUUUCAGUCAUCUUGGGCUCAGUAGACAUUUUUAAGGAAAGUAUUUGACCCGCUUUGUCAGAAUUACAAGUGUGACUUCCUUAAACUGUUUAGAGAGCAAGACCAAGAUUUGUCUCUGCAUUUAUAAUUGUUUUACAUGCACUUUGCUUAACAUCAUGAGUUGUUGCAAUAGUGAAAUGUAUUCUCCUUGAUUUGUUUUUGAUUUGCUUCAGUUGGAUGAGUAUGGGCCUUAUUUAGCUUAAAUUUUAUGAAAGGAAAUCUGGAAUAAAGUUAUGGUCAAGCUUACUUGCACCCUAUCUCAUUUAGCUGAAUAAAUCAAGAUCUUUUUAAAUGUAUGGACAGUUUUCUUUUCUAGAAUGAAUCGGUGUGGCCUUUUUUAAUUUAUCAGUUCGUAUAGAUAUACCUCUAAAGUGUCUGACUAUACUUGAAUGUCCUGAUUCGACAUUUGUACAGCUAGAACAGAGUUAACUAUGCUGCAGCUGUUAACCACUUGUGAAACUUUUACAUCUGUUUGCAAUAUUUUUAAAGGGUUUUUUUAUCAUGAAAUUAUAAGGAAUGUACUGUAUGUGUACACUUGUGCCUUUAAAUGUAAUAAGCGAUAGUUUAGUGUACAACUACAGAUCAACCUUGAAUAAAGUUGGACUGUUGAA